AUGGCUGCAAUGCAACAGCAGAUGCUGGUGCAAGGCCAGCAGCUGCAGGAGCUACGGGAAGCUCAGGCCGCCAGUUCAAGUGUGGCUCAGGCACCAGUGAGCCCACCGGCCCAGGUUGCUGCUACAGCGCCGGGUCAGGGAGGUGUCUUUGGGCUGCUCCCCUUGGUGGACACAAGAGGGCUCGGAAAGCCUGAGGUGUUUAAAGGAGAUCCAGCAACCUUCAACGACUGGGUCUUCAUCCUUCGGAGCUACAUGGGGGCGAUGGACAGGAGGUACCAAGCCUUACUCCAGAAGGCCGAGUCGUCGGAAAUCCAACUUUGGAACCGACUUCUCACUGAGGAGGAGCAAGGGCUGUCGACUCAGCUCUACUACGUCCUGGUGAUGCUCUGCCGGGGACGUGCGCUGGACAAGCUGCACAACUGUGGGGACAAUGAAGGUGUCGAGGCCUAUCGGCAGCUCUACCUGGAGUACAACCCGAAGCUCAACUCCAGAUAUGUGGGUCUGCUCCUGGAGAUCCUGCGCUACAAGUUCGAAGGGGAUUUGGUCAGUUGCAUCGAGUCCUUUGAGCGCAAGGUGAGGGAGUACGAGAAGCAGUCUGGGAAGGACGUGGACGACGAAACCGUCAUCGGGAUUGUCAUUCUGGGAGUGGAAGACCAGACGGUCAAGGAGCACCUCAUUAGGCACUCAUCCAGGCUUGACACCUGGAAGAAGAUGAGAGCGGAGAUCAUAGAGAUUGCCCGCACGCAGAAGUACUUGCAAAGCACGCCUCAACCGAUGGACGUAGGAGGCCUACCAAAGAAGCCGCAUAAGGGUUCCCCGAAGGGCGCCAAGGGUGAUGGAAAAGGCGACAAGGGCAAGAGCACCGGCAAGGACGCUGGCGGAAAGAAGGGUGGAGACAAAGGAGGCAAGGGCGACAAGAAGAAGGGCCCGUGCUUCUACUGUCAGAAACCCGGCCACACAAAGGCCGAGUGCAGGAAGCGAGCCGCGGACUUGAAAAAGGCCGAGAACAAAGGUAGGACGGUUGCAGGUGACAGGGUCCGCAUGAACACGGUCACGGGAGAAGCCUUGAAAUUGGGUAAGUGCAAGACUUCGUCGCUCAAGCAUGGGGAUGUGCCAGUUGAGUUUAACUACAGGGAAAGCAACAGCGUCCAGUUUCCUGUUAUCUCCAUGUCAGAAGCCAGUCAGAAGGGAACCUGGUUGGUGGUAGGGCCCUCGCACCAAUUCCUCGUAGGUCGCUGUGGUGGUGAGCAACUCAAGAAAGCUUUGAAGGAAGUCCCAAAAGUUCCUUUAGUGAAGGAUAAAGGUGUCUACUGGUUGGAAGUAGCGGAUAGCGCCCCGGGAGUGGAGGUAGCUGACAGCGCCCCACCUGCCCAGGUGGAUGCGAGGCCUCUUGGCGACGCUCCCCUGGAAGAGCCGCCUGAACCUGAAGGAGAGGCCGGGCGUAAGGCUAAGCACAAGAAGGUACCCCCGAGUGUCAGUGCUGAGAUGCGUGCUGAACACGAGUUAACACACCUUCCAUUUCGGAGUUGGUGUGAGUCUUGCGUGGUGGGGAAGGGCACCGAAGACUUCCAUCAAAGGCGCCAAGAAGAAAAGAAAGAGGACGUAGCAAGGUACUGUAUCGACUACUGCUUCUUCACGAAAGCCUUGUCCCAGGAAGCAGCUUCCACUGACGCCAAGGACAUCCUCGAGGCCAAAGCUGGUGCCAAGGCCGUUUUGGUUUGCAGGGACCAAAAGUCAGGGGCUCUGUUUACGGGUGUAGCUAACAGCAAGGGCGCCGGGGAUCCGUAUUCCAUGGCUUUUGCGCUAGAAGGGAUGAAGUUCUGUGGUCACCCAGACAUGAUAGUUGUUAGCGAUACUGAGCCAGCUAUCAAAAGUUUAGGUGAAGAACUUGUUAAGAGGUACCCCAAGAAAGCAAGCAGUCAACCAGUGCCCAAAGGAGACCACAAGGCCAACGGUGCAGCUGAGCGAGCUGUGCUGGAACUUAGCAACCAAGUCACAGAGGACUCGCUCGUGUUUCCUUGGAUGGUUCGUCACGCAGGAUGGCUUUGUACAAGGUAUGGCAUCAAGCAUGACGGUCGUACAGCCUACGAGAGGCUUCGGGGUAGGACCUACAAGGGCGAAGUUGUUGAGUUUGGAGAGGUCGUUCUGUUCCGUAUUUCGAAUCAGAACUUAAGAAAGCUUGAGGAUCGUUGGUCAUGUGGGGUUUGGCUAGGCAAAAGUUUGAGCAACGAUGAGCACUUCGUGGCAACAGCCAACGGCAUCCAGAGGUGUCGCUCGGUUCGUAGGCGAGUUGAGGCCAAGCGCUUUGACCCCACGUUUGUUCUGAGGAUGGUAGGCUGCCCUGGGUGCGAUACCUCUUACGGUGACGCCCCAGUCAAGCACAAUGCCACGUGCAGAGCCAGGUUUGAAAAGCUGUGCAGGGCACCUGUGGUUGCGGAAACAGCGCCCGGGGACGACACAGUUGAGCCAUCAAGCAAUGGAGGGGAUGAUCCGAUGGGUGCCGGCCCUGGCCCCUCGGAUAAGCAGGCAAGUUCAGAGGCCGCGGGUAGUCGCGCCUCUGGGUCUGGCUCGGUGGCUGCCGGUUCUGGCGCCCCGAGUGAAAGAAAGCGAGGUGGGUUGGACCUUAGCGACAGCCCCCUCAAGGAGGCCAGGACCUCGGAACCUGCUCGGGCCUCAGACAGCCCAAGGUCCCCUAGCAGAAAGCGUGAAGCGGAAGGCAAAACGGAGGAGGUUGAAGAAGAAAUGGUGGCAGGAUUGCCAACAAUGCACGUGGCGGCCAUGGUGAUCAGUGACAGAAUGAUCGCAUCAGCAGCGAAGGAGCUCGAGAAACCGGUCUACGAUGAGAAGACUGGAAAGUUGCUGGACCCCGAGAAGGUGAAGAUCGGGAGGAUGAAAGAGAUGACCAAGAUGGAGUCCUUUGGAGUCAAAGGCGACAUCACAUAUGAUGAAGCCAAGGCGAAGGGGCUCAGACUGGUGAAAUCCAGGUGGAUCGACACCGAGAAGGAGAUCGAAGGGAAGCCUGGAGUCAGGAGUCGAUGGGAACGCCUCCCAUUCGAGUGCAUCGAGCUGCCCGGUGAGAGCAAGAGCAAGAAGCUGAUCGGAAGAUAUGAUGUGAGCGUGGCCUUCUUCCACGCCGACAACAGCGAAAAGAUUGGGGUAAUACCCCCGGCGUCAGAAGGAACUCCCAACAUCAUCUGGGAGUUGCACAAGGCGAUGAACGGAACCCGGGAAGCCUCUAGGCAAUGGGGAGUGAAGAUCCGUGAGGUGAAAACAAGACACAACUUCGACGAGCUGCUGUUGUGCCCCAACACCUACUACUUGAAAGAGCAUGAUCUAUGCUUGUCGUGCCACGGUGACGAUUUCCUGGCGAGUGGAGAAAGAGAAGCUCUCGACAUGCUGGACAAGAUCAUGGAGGAGAACUACGAGGUGAAAGUGCUACCGAGAAUCGGUGACCCAGCUCAUGGAGGGGAAGUCUCAGAAGGACGCCAUCUUGGGCGCCUGAUCAAGUGGACAGGCUCAGGAUUUACCUGGGAAUGCGACCCCAAGUUUGCCCCACAAGUCAUCGAGGAACUCGAGCUAAAAGGGUGCAAAGGAGUUGACACUCCUGCUUCGAAGGCCACAGGCGUGGGAAACAGAGAAGUGGAGAAGGAGCUCAGCCGUGAGAGGGCCGAGGUCUUCAGACGAGUGACUGGCACCAUCCUUUACAUGGCAGUCGACCGUCCCUCGUUGCAGUACGCAGCAAGUGAACUGGCUGAAGGGAUGAGCAAGCCCUUGGAGAUUCAUUGGCUAAGGCUGAAGCGCGUCGGAAAGUACAUUGCCAAGUACCCCGUCGAGAAAUGGCACUUCGAAUUGCAAGAAGCACCUGCGCAGCUAGAGUCCUUUUCAGACUCAGACUGGGCAACAGAUCGCAGAACCAGAAGGUCUAUGAGUUCCACGUAUCAGAGGUUUGGGAAGCACCUCCUAGACACGAGCUGUGGUCGACAAAGUCUCGUGGCCCUAUCGUCGGGCGAGGCCGAGUUCUAUGCCAUGGUCAAGACAGCAGCAGAAGGAAAGCUUACAACAGAGAUCCUCCGACACUUUGGUUGGAAGGUCGAGCACCGAGUGCUGAGCGAUAGCUCGGCCGCCAGGUCGAUGGCACAGAGGGUAGGGUGUGGAAAAGUCAAGCACUUAUCCCUGAAGGAGAUGUGGAUACAGCAAGCAGUUCGAAACAAAGAACUUUCCAUAGGCAAAGUGGAUACGCUCAUGAACAUCUCGGAUCUUGGCACGAAGGCUUUAGAAGCAGCCAGAAUGGACUCGCUGAUGAAGCAGCUGCCCUUGGAAAGGGGCAUCGUGGCAGCUGUGGUCAGCUGCUGUUUGGAGAAAGUCCAAGCAGCUCCAGUUCAGAGUGAAGAGGUCUGGUGGUUGAACCUUUACUUAGGGUUGGUUCACCUGUUGGCCUUGGUUGGGUUGCUGUUUGCCAGCUACAAGGGAGUUGAAGUGCUUUUGAAAGGUUGGCACUGGUUGUGUGGAAGGGGCAAUAGGCCCAGUGUAGCGCAGUCCAGUGCAGCCAUGGCACUCAGUCGUCGUGACACUCCUCGUGGCAGCGGUGCUGAGGAGGCUCAACACAGUGCAGAGGUUCCUACAACACGGAUGCCAUCUGUCCCCGAGGGAACCUCCGUGCUGAGAUCCCCUGCUGGACAGAGUGACAGUGACAGGAUGAGUUUCCGUGGUGACGCCAGAACUGGUGUCGACGAUCGAGUCAGAGUGGUGAGAGAUACCUUGAGCCUGCUCACGGUGGAAGAACUCAAGAGUGGCCUACGAGUGGAAGGGCUCCAGGUGACAGGGUUGAAGCAAGACCUGAUGGAGCGACUUCUGCACAAGUUCGAUGGUGGAGAUGAAUCGCUGUCGGACCGGCCAAGCACCAAGCAGCUGAGGUAUGUGCUCUACAUCCAUCGUCAUCGAGCCCAAUGCCGAAUUCAGUAUGAGAAUCUUCGGACUCGUGAAGAGACUUCGAAGUGGAUCGCCAACUGGAAGGUCUGA